AUGUUGUUUUGGUUUUCCCCCAAGAUCAGCUCCCUGCCCCUCCCAGUGCUCCCCAGGGUGAUGCUGAGCAGUGAGGACCAUGCAGAUAACCAGCUUACAAAUGAAAAGCAUACAGAUGAAAAGCCUAUGAAAGGUAUUGUUAUGAGUUCUGUGGCAGAAUUCAGCAUCACAGACACUUCAUCAAAGGGUACCAAAACCCAGAAGCAAUUGUCAGAUGCGAGCACAUCGUCCAUUGCUUCCCUGGAGAAAUGCAGAGAAUUCACCUACAUUGAAGAUGACGGAUCAGUACAUCAGAGAGACAGUGACGAUGAAUGUGCAACACUUAUCCUGGCCUGCUUGUUCUGCCAAUUUUGGGACUUUCUUAUAAUGCUGCCUGAUACCUGUGAACAUUGGCUGACAGAUACCUGUUGUCCAUCCAAUAGAUACUACCAGACCUCCAACGAAGACCACGCCAACAACGACUGCAACUGUGACUGUGACAUUGAUUGCAGCCUUUUUGAGUCCUGCCACGAGACUGGUGAAUGCCUGGAACUUGCCAUGGAGAUUUCUGAAAUCUGCUAUCGCUAA